GUAUCAUUAAUCCAUGCAACUAAAUUGUAUUGUUGACGAAUGAUAAGUGAUAAGUGAUGACUCCGACGUUCAGUUUUAAAAAUUAAAUUUAAAUUGAGCUUGAAUAAUAGUUUUCGCAUUGAUUUUGAGAUAAAAAAUAAUUUAAAGCUGUAAACAUGCUGGCGAUAUUCAAUUUACAAAGUCUAUUGACAAUUUUAUUAUUGUCUAUUUGUACAUGUACUUAUUUAAGGCAGUUAUUACCAAGUAUUAUUGACAGGAAUAAAGUUGGGCCAUUAGGAACAUUUUGGAAAUUGGCAAGAAUUGGAGAACGGAAAAGUCCAUAUGUAUCAUUUUGUUGUAUUGCAAUGGCUUUCAGUAUUUUAUUUUGGACAUAAUAAUAAUAUUUUUAAUUAAAAUAUAAACAAAUAAUAAGUUUAUUAUUCUAAGAUAUUUUGUAUAUUUUUUUCU